UUGGUGGAUAUUGCGGCCGAGUUGUGCUUGGCCAGCCUGAGCAUGUGCACUACACUCAAGCCACUGGAAAUCUACCGUGCUAUUAGCCAGUGUGAGGAGCAUUCCAGUCUGACACUGGAACGCGGUCUGCUACGGAUUGAGAGUAGCGAAAAUCGGACCCCUUACGGAAUUUUGCCGGAAAUUCAUUUCUUCCUUGCUCGAAGCUGGUUCUCACUGCACCAGUCCGUGAUGGAGGAGUAUCACAAAGCACUAGAACAGUUCCAGCAAGAAUUGCAAUCGGCGCGCGCCUCAAUGCAACAGCAACAACAACAGCCACAAUGUAGCGUGGCAGAUCUCGAAGCGGAUAACUCGCUUAAACCGAUCGAAACACAUAAUUCUAGUGUUAUGAAUCCAUGUUCCAGCGGAUCGAUUCCAAUCUCGUUUUCCAGCGAGACUGUGACAUCCGGACCGGCCAUACAAAUGGCUCCAUCAAACACUUGGCCUAAUCCUUCGAUGAUUCGAAAUUCUGUAUUCGUUCCGGUUAAUUUAAUGCCUCCACCUCCCCAGCCAUCGCAACCACCACCACCAAAACAGCAACAAGCGCCCACAAUGCCUAUAGCCGGGGAACAAGCGCUUAUCUAUCCUUCAUCUUCACUGAGUUCUGCUGCCACACCAUACGGCUCCAUUCCGGGUACACCGCAACAACCAAUGCCUCCUGUUUCGAUGACCGUCUACCCGUCUGUAUUCUAUUACACUCAACCAAAUCUUGGGUUUAGUCAGGCUCAGGUGUGCAAUCAGUAUCGAACACCUCCCCCACCAUCCCAACCAGCUCUUCUGCCCACACCUGGACAAUCCAAUCUAAUGAUGUUCGCCCAAUCUGCCCCGUUCUGUGUUCAGCCCAAUGGCCCUUUCUCGUUUCAUCCGAAUACAUCUGUUCCCAUGUCAGUGACCCGAAUGCUUUCCGUGCCACCGCAACCCCCACAACCCAUGGUUCCUUCAAAUUUUGCUGGCAAUUCCGGUCUGUUGACACCGAAUUCGCAAAUAUUACCGCCAACAAUCAAUAUGGGUUCAUUCAACCCAUCCGGAUCAUGUGUGACUGUCCCACAAACCGCGCAACAGACGGUGAUUCCUGCCAACCGCAUGUUCUUCCAAUUGCAACGUGAUCCACUCACUGAACCGGCAUUGUACGCAGCCAGUCUAACUAGUCUGGUGACUAGUCAAGCUCCAGUAUCGACUACUGUAUGUAGCACUCCAUUUGCCUGCCGUGAUACGUUUGCGACAGGCACUAUGAUAACUCCGAACACGUCCACAUCGUCUUGCGGAAACGGUUUUCUCGUUUCCCCUCCACCUGCCCCCACCGGUCCGUCUGGAGCUAACCAGUUGACGUUAACUCAGCGCCUGGCUUCAAUGAGUAACGCGUCCAGUUCUGUCGUGGUCCAUCCGGCCCUGUCUGAUCGUGGCUCCAGCGCCUCUGAGACCGAUUCCAGCCGACCCGCAGACUCAGUGGUCGAGGGCGGUCUGUUGGAAGAUCAUCCAUCCGUCACCGGAUUACAAUCCACUAACAGUGUCACACAAGAGAACCCAGCUAUCGAUUCCACCAAUCGAACACUUCCUGAGGGACAAGACAAACCCGGUUCCUCUUCACUAUCGGCAUGUGCAACGUUGAAAUCACUGGAUGCCAAAGCCCACCAAUAUUUACGUCGUGCUUACACGUGCGCAACAAGUGCAAUCAAAAAGAUAUUCCUAAACAAUUCUUCCAACUCCAAUUCGUUUGACAACUCCACCGCAUCCCAUUCCUCGUCCGGUGGUCGAGGGACACGCGGGCACAAAUCUCAUCAUCAUCACCAUCAUCAUCAUCAUCAUCCGCACGCGUCCAACGCAGCCCAACAGCGUCGUGCGUACGACACGUGCAGUUCGGUCGGCGCGAACUGCAUCACUAAUGCUGUCAGUGAUUCAAUCUCCGGUCACGGUUCUUUGUCGUCCAACAACUUGCUCUCGUCCAAUACCGGCACUGGUAACAACAACAACAACAACAAUAAUAACAAUAAUAGUAAUAAUACAUCCGGUGGGUCGGGUGAAAAUGGUCGAAUGAAACGUAUGCUGGACGUUCCGAUGGAAUCCCAGGUGGCCAAGGCAUGGAACGGUAACAUUUUAUGGACACUAGAUGUUGCCAGCGGUCUGGGACCAUCUGUGGUUUACGAAUAUUGUAAUCUGAUUCUUCAGUGUGUCCAAUGUCCGCUCCUUAUGAACGAGAUUGCUGUCAAAGUGAUCGAUUACUUCAAACAAAUCAGUUCCGAUUCGGCAGCUAGUCGGCCCCGCGUUCCCGGUGCUGGUUUCCAGGAUCCACCUCCAGUCACCAUGCUACCGGAUCAUUCCAACCCCAAUCACUCAGCUUCCAUAUAUUAUACAGGACAGGAAUCCUCAUCCACUCAGUACUACCAACCCCCCUUUGUUACCCACUGGCCCAUUUUCACACCUCCCCCUGCUGAUCCAUGGUCUAACCCAACCAGUCGCGCUGACUCGUUGAUAUCAUUCCCACCUUCGAACAAUUUUGUACCCCAGGCUCAACCCUGCCCCGUCCGUACACCUGCGCAGUGGUUAUCUUCAUUCCCUCCAGUAGUCUCAUUAACUAAUGACUCACUCAGUGAACUAAUUGCACGCUACCAACAACUUGGAUUCCACCCGACCGAACAAGUGCCUCCUGCGCCGAGUCCAAUGCGGGAACCUUGCUUGAUGGUCCAAUCCUCGCAUUACGCCCCGCCCACUCAACCACCCCAACCGACAACACCGUCACAAAUGAACGACUCUCUAUCCUGUCACCCUCAUCAGCCCAGACCGGGUUUACCCCAGUGGUCACAUCCCACGGUUUCCCAACCGGCAGUCAGUUAUCCGCCUGGUUCGAACGUGAAUUCGCCUGCACUAGCUCCGGNGGUCUCAUGUGCGUCUGCGAUGAAUCCUGUGAACGGCUUUAUCGGUCAAGGACUGAUUGAUCGGUUUGUGAACCGAACCCAUGCAUUAUUUCACAAAUUCAUUGAACACCGACUCCAAUACAUCGGGCAAGGUCAAACUGAAUGGGACGAAUUUGUCGACCUAAUCCUGAAAGCCUACAACGUGCAUCUCAGCAUGCCCGCGUCCGAUUACGGUUUGCACUGGAAUAAUCUACUCACUCGAAUUCGUCGUCAUCACAAGUGCAGCGCGUCACUGUGGCAACGCAUUCUGGCUGGGAUUCAAACCGCAGACCUGAAACGUUCCGGUUGA